AAAAGAAAUAUCCCCCAACUCAUUUUCUCGAGCAACGGAAGCAGGGUUUAGCAUUUGAAUGCCCUAAAUCUGAGACGGAACUCUGUUUAUCGUGGCUGAUUGCACAUAAUUUUUCGCCGCGCUCUCAGAUUUAACGAUGGCUUCCUUUGCCGCUAGGGCCAUUUCCCGAUCCUCCUUCGGCAGGGCUGCGACUCUUCUGAGCGUCGGAUCCAGAGCAGCUCCGGCUCGUUCAUCAUUUCGCAUUGCUUCUAAACGACCUUUCUCUCAGUGUGCUGUAAGGCUUCCAGUUGAAAUGAGCUUCUGUGUGGAGUCCAUGCUUCCUUUCCAUUCUGCUACUUCUUCGGCAUUAAUGACUUCGAUGCUUUCUGUCUCUCGCCAUAGUUAUGGUUGGCUUUCAGAAGUGUUCAAUGAUGAUGUGUAAUGAUGAAUUGUCAAAGAGGCAGAAAGUCUUGUUUGCAGAGGUCUACAUUGUGACAGUGCCCACUGCUAAAAUUCUCAUGCUGAUCUGCAGGAAUUUGGUUUUCCAUGUCUCGAAUCUCGGUCUAGUUAGCAUGUCUUAGAUUCUAAAUUUGUGCAACUACGGACUACUAGAAUGUAUAGGAAGAGAUAUACAUUAGACAGGAAGGCUUCAAUAAAUUGUCUCAUUAUGUUGAAUUCCUUAGAGGAUUGUCUUGCAAUUAUGAAAUAGCUUCUUCUCUAGCAGUCUUUAUAUAUCUUGUAUAUUACUCUGUCAUGGAUGCUUAUCAAACUUCAUGACCUCUAUUAAUAGAUGUAUCGCACAAUGUUAACGCCAUUUAA